AUGUCUGCCAAAUCUCGAGACUCUUCGACAACUAUCGACAUCACAGCGUGUGCAGCCAUGCUCACCGAUGAUUGUUGCCGCAAGUUUCUACAGCAAGCUGGAGAUAUGAAAAUUCAAAUUGAUGCCCUUGCCUUGCACCCACCGAAGAACCCCCGAGUUGGCGCUGUUGAUCCACACAUCAACAAGGAGGACUUAAAACACGGCAUGGAGAAACACGGUGAAUCCACUCGGACUACGCGUGUUUGGCUAGAUUCAGACACGUUAUCUAUCGGGUCACGGAAGGAUAGUGAAGCUACAUUGGUAGAUUUGCCAAUUGACCACAAGGCCUUCUCACCCGUUCAGGAUUCUAGACAAUAUUGCUCUGUCAAGGACGUCACACUUCUAGUCAAACAGAUCAUAGAACAUGACGAGGCUCUAUCAUCGCACGACCCAAACUCGGCAAAUGUUCAAGCAUCGGCACCUGCCUCUGUUCCACAUCAGAUGGUGCCAUCAUCGUCACUUCCUGUAGAAGACGUCGUGAUGGCGAUAUCUUUAGCACACCACUCAGGACCGUCUCCCGCAGAUCCUCAGAAUAUAGCAACAUGCUCGUCUACCGACUCCUAUCCUUCGUCGUCACUGAAAAUUCCAACCUCUCUAUGCCCGGAACCUGGUUCAGGCGCCAGGGUCUCACUCGACCAGGUAUACUUACCAUUGAUUUUGCGGUCGGAGAUUGCAUUAUUCCCGCAGCUUCGUCGAGCAGGUACGCAAGACUUUGCAGUUCUAACUUAG